AUGUCGCGAUUGAAUCGAGUCUCUGCGAAUUUGAACAUGCUAUUUACAAACGUCCCAUUUUUGGAGAGGUGAGUGAGCAAAUACGGUUCUGGGAAUAUUUUUUAACCGAAAAAACUUCCGUGCAGGUACAAGUUAGCAGCAGCGGCUGGAUUCAAAUUAGUCGAAGUAAGUUUGCCGUAUCAAUAUGAUGCAAAAGAAAUGCGAGCCGAAGCGGAUAAAUACAACCUAAAGCAUACUUUAAUAAAUGCACCGCCCGGAAAUUGGGAAGCUGGAUUUCGUGGACAAAGUGCACUUCGUUCAACUGUUCAACAAUUCCAAGAAUCAAUACCAAUCGCAAUUUCCUAUGCUAAAAUACUCGAUUGUCCACGUGUUCAUGUAAUGGCCGGAAUUCCUAAAACUGAUGAAGAUAUUCAACACGCAAAAGCUACAUUUUUGGAUAAUCUUCGAUUUGCCACCGAAAAACUGAAGGAAAAUGAUAUUUUAUGUCUAAUUGAGCCGAUUAAUGCGAUCACUAUUCCGGGAUAUUAUUUAAACAAUUAUGAUCAAGCUGUGGAAAUUAUCAAAACCAUAGAUUCGCCUAAUCUAAAAAUCCAAUUUGUAAGUAAAGAAUUUUAACUGAAAACUGAUCUAAAAAUUUUUCUUCUAGGACUAUUUCCACGCUCAACAAAUAUGCGGUCAACUUUCCGCGUCUCUUACAAAACUUCGUGGACACAUUGGCUACAUUCAAGUCGCCCAAGUUCCAGCUCGCGGAGAUUGUGCAACUCCUGGCGAAAUAAAUUACAAUUUCAUUUUCUCCGAACUCCAGAAAUAUGACUCGGAAUUAAUUGUUGGAUUGGAAUAUUCCGAUGCAACACCGCAUUUUGAAUGGGUGCCUGGCAUGAACUUAGAAUUCUAA